AUGAGCAACAACAGUAGGGUGGAGUCGGCCGUGCGGCCGUACCUCCACCCCCUCAUCUGCGCGCUGGGGCUGGCGGGGAACGGCCUGGUCCUCCUCACCUACGCCUUCUCCCGCCGGCCGCGCUCCCCGACCGACGUGUACCUGCUCAACGUGGCCGUGUCCGACCUGCUCUUCGUGGCGGCGCUGCCCCUCAUCACCUACAACGAGCUGUGGGCGUGGCCCAUGGGCACGGCGGCCUGCAAGCUGCUGCGCGGCGCCUACAGCGUCAACCUGUACAGCUGCAUGCUGCUGCUGGCCUGCGUGGCGGCCGACCGCUACCUCGCCAUCGUCCACGCCCCGCGCCGCCUCCGCCUGCGCUCGCUGCUCUACAGCCGCGCCGUCUGCGCCGCCGUCUGGGUCCUGGCCCUCGCCUGCUCCCUCCCCACCGUCCUCUACCACCAGGCCUACCGGCCCUCCCACAUGACGUGGGUGACGGGGGAGGGCGAGGGCGGCGGCGGCGGCGGCAGCGGCGGCGGCGAGGACGGCGAGGACGGCGAGGACGGCGAGGACGGCGGCGGCGGCGGCGGCGACCCGGUCUGCUCCCUGCGGUUCUCGGACCCCCGGACGGCCCGUCUCAUGAGGGUCCUGGUGCCCGGCGCCCAGAUGGCCGUGGGCUUCCUCCUGCCGCUGGCGUUGAUGGUGUUCUGCUACGCCCAGGUGGUGGCGCGGCUGCUGCGCGCCCACACCUUCCAGCGGCACCGCGCGGUCCGGGUGGUGCUGGCGGUGGUGGCGGCGUUCCUGGCGUGCCACCUGCCCUACAACGCCGCGCUGCUGUGCCAGACGCUGGGCCUGUUCCGGGAGCAGAGCUGCCGGGAGGCGGAGGUGGAGCAGGUGGUGCUGACGGUGACGGAGUCCCUGGCCUUCCUCCACUGCUGCGUCAACCCGCUGCUCUACGCCUUCCUGGGGGUCAAGUUCAGGAGCAACCUGAAGCGGCUGGGGGCGCGGCUCUGGGGUCCGCGCGGCAGGAGUGCCCGACGCGGCCUCCCCUCCAGGGCCGCCUCCGACUCCUGCGCCUCCUCCCGCCGCUCCGUCACCAGCACCUCCUUCGACAUCUGACGGAGGCCCCGGGGUCCGGCUGAACCGACCCAAGGCGCCUCGGGACGGCCGAACCAGCUGGCUCGGAAGGACUCUGAGUCACACAGCAGCCUGAGGCCUCUGCUCCCCAGUCCAACCAGUCUGAGACCCCAGUCCAACCAGUCUGAGACCCCAGUCCAACCAGGCUGAGACCCCAGUCCAACCAGGCUGAGACCCCAGUCCAACCAGUGGCUGUGUGUUUAUAACCCACCCCCAUUGGUCCAUUACUCAGUCCAGCCCUUGUAAUCAUUACUAUAAUGUUAUAUUAUUAUCACAUAACGUUGAAUGAGAAUCAAACUCUUGUACGUUUAGAAAGAUUCAUUAGUAUGUUGACGUCGUGUGUUGAUAUGGCCUACGUUCAAACGUUGACAUUAUUUUCUAAAUGUCCAUGGCUAAGUGGCCACUAGGUGGCGAGACCUCCGUUGGCGAUGGCGACAGGUUCACUGUAUCCAUGGCAACAGCAAAACCAAUCCGCUCCCAGAAAACCCGCCCCUGCCCUUAAGAAGUAGCAUUUCUCAGCAAAUUAGAACCGUUGCGUGUGAUUUAAUGUAGACCUACCCUUCCCUUUAUCAACGGGGCAUGAAAUCAAAAUAUGUAAAUCAUUUGAUAUGAUGUUCAGAUCUAGACAGUUUCAUGUGAUAAAGUGAAAUAUGUGUGAUAAACCUCUCAAAUAGAUG